CUUCUAUGCGUAUGACGUUUUCCAAAAUGCAGGUAUUCCAGCCAGUGAGGCCCCAUACGUCUCUCUUGGAAUCGGGAUCAUGGAAAUUCUCACAACAGUGCUGUGUGGCUUUCUCAUUGAUCGUCUGGGCAGAAAAACACUACUAUGGGCGAACUAUGUGAUCUUAGCGUUAACAUUGACCUUGCUCACUGCCACACUCUCUCUUCAGGAUUUAUACUCUUGGAUGCCAUAUGGUUCUUGUAUGUUGAUCUUCAUCUUUACAUUGAGCUACGGCUUGGGACCAGGAGGAGUUACUUGUGUCCUGCCCACAGAGCUAUUUGUUCAGUGCUACAGACCAGCUGCAUAUGCCAUAACUGGAGCCCUCAUUUGGCUGGGAUUAUUUGUGAUAGGCUUGGCAUUUCCUUUUGUUGAGGAGGCAUUGGGGACAUUCUGCUUCAUUUUCUUCUUGGUUUACUGCAUCUCUGCGGCUAUAUUUUCCUUCUGGAUACUACCAGAGACCAAGGAUCGGAGUAUGAUGGAAAUCCUGGAAUCCUUUAGCAAGCUUAAUUUUGGAUCUAAUAAAGACAAGGUCAACGAGAAUAACGUUUUUUGUACUAGACUUUAA